AAUUAGUUCAUGAUUAUCUAUUGGCGGGUAAAGCGUGUAAACGUGUUAAGAACACAAAUGUCAAACAGUCAAGUUUUUAUCGCAAAAACUAAUUAAUUUUACAAACUUAUAUAUAUUUUUAAAUAUUUAUUAAAAACAGUCUAUUAUUCUGUUACUAGAAAACAAAGAAUUUGAAUUUUUAAAUUCCAAAUAAGUCAUGGACAACGACGAUGAUUCAGAUUUAGGAGAUAUGUUAAAUGAUCUUCUAAAUGAAGAAGCUGAAUGUGAACCAAAAAAUCCAGAAAAUUCCUUAAAAGAAUUAAAUUUUAACUUUCUGGAUUCGAUUUCAAAUUCGACUGAAGAAGCAAAGAAAAGUACAAAGUCAAUUUACAAUGAAAAUCUUGAUUCUUCUGAUGAUGAGGAAAAACGAUAUUUUGAAUUAAGUAGAUAUUCAGAGGGUGGUCGAGAAAUAAAGGAUAUUCUCAAAAAAGAGGAAUUCGAGAAGAAGGACAGACUCAUCACCAGGGAAGUAUUACAAGAAAGUAAAAAAUCCUUCGACAUUAAUAGUCUCUCUCCAAGUAUUGCUCAAUCAAGUAAUAUAAAUACAGCCAAUAAAUCGAGAUUUCAUAUUGAUUUAUCCGCAGUUUCGACAAAAGUUCCAGAAAAAAGUGACGUUUACAGUGAUCCAAUAUUUGGACUUCGAAUAGUAAAACCUCUAGUGUCAUCAACGGAAUUAAAGGAACGAAUGCUCGGUCGUACUCCAGUUACAGUUUCAAAAGUGAAAUCACAUUUAGCCACUGCAAAUCUCCAAGAAGACUGGGUAAUCGCCGGAGUUGUUAUAAAUAAAUCACCAAUUUUAAAAUCACAAAAAGGAAGUCAAUAUUGCAUCUGGAAAAUCAGCGAUCUCUCCUUCGAUAUGAAUAUCGUUUCCCUUUUUCUCUUUAGUGGAGCGUACAAAAACUUAUGGAAAACCGAAACUGGCGUUGUCAUUGGCAUUCUAAAUCCAAAUGUUCUUGAGAAUAAAGACGACAAGGAUCAAGCGACACUGUCAGUUGAUAAUGCUCAAAAAGUGAUGAUCCUCGGCACUUCCAAGGACAUGGGACUGUGCAAGUCAACGACAAAAAGCGGCAAACCCUGCUCAUCAGUUGUGAAUCGAAACCGAUGUGAAUAUUGCGUCUAUCACGUUCAAAAGGAAUACAAACAAUGCUCCCGUCGCGCUGAUCUUCAAUCCAGCGCAAACGGAAGAGGCCUAGGACAACCUUCAAACUUUGGCAAAGCUUUCGGACAAAAGAAAAUUCAAGCCGCAAUAACACAAGGUCAGCCACAAAAUUUUCACGGAAUUCCCGCCAAACGAAAUAAAAAACUCUUCGAAAAAGAUCAAGAACGUUUAGCUCUACUCACCGGUUCUAAAAAAUUCGAAAAAAAAGAAUCUACCGAAAAAAUUAAAAAUUUACCCGUCGAAACUAAAUCACAAGUUAAAAAACAAAUGGUCGAGUUAACGAGCAAUCAGUCAAAGAAAGAUUUCGAAAGACUUAGUAAAUUGAAAAAUUUCUCGAAAAACGACAAAGAAAGUAAAAAACCUAAAGAUUUGGAAAUAACUUUUGAAAUUCCCAUCGUGGCAUCGACACCACAAAAGAAAGAAAAAAAUGUCCAGGAAAUUAAUGAAAGUCCAUCAUCGAUACCAAAAAAGAAAGACGGUUUCACUUUGUCAAAAUUACAGGAAAUAAAUUCCGAGGAUAGUUAUUUAUCAAAAACUCCCGGUUUCAGUCGAAGCAAACUACAAGAAUGGACAAUGAAGCAAAAUUUUGCAACUCCCACCGAUUCUUCACCGUUCGAUCUAAGCCGCCUUUCAAAAUCAACAAAAUCUACAACAUCUCCAAAAACUUCCAAACCAAUUUCAAAAUUAAACUCCCUUAUGACACCCAAACAAUCUUCCCCCGGACUCUCCGAUACAAAACCAACAUUUUCAUUUCCCCAACUUGGCAGUGGAAUAACAUCAGGUAGCAUCGAUCUAUCAGAGUCAAUCACAAACAAACAAAAGGCCUCCGCAAAGCAAAAUGCCCUGAAAUUCGUCCGAGAAAAUGGAAAAUUCAAAAAAUCAAAUCCAAACCACAUUCUCGAGAGCAAAGAAAAGAAAGAGCAAUCCCUAAAACGAAAACGUGAAAUCGACCACGAAGAGGAGAAAAAAAAGAAGAAAUUGAAAGAAACAAAAAAUUUUUCCGCCAAAUUCAAAGAAAUGCUAGAAACCAGCUCAUCGCACGUUAAUCUCAUUGAAAAAUCCGAGGAAGAGGAGAAGGAAAAAUAUUUCGGAAAACUCGAGAUAAAGGAAAAAAUGGAAGAGAAAAUGAUGUCAACAUUUAAGGUUCCCUGUAAGGCAGUAAUUUGUCCAAUGUGCAAAUACACGGCAUUCUCGAGAUCAGAUUUAUGCAAGGAAUUGGCACAUUCCGUUAAAGUUAUUGACGCCGUGAAGAGAUUUUUCAAAUGUGGCGAUUGCGGUAAUAGAACAGUGACAUUGGACGUUGUGCCAACAGCGAGUUGUAAAAAAUGCAAUGGCUCAAAUUGGAAACGUGCUGCCAUGAUGGACGAGAAGAAGGUGAAAAUUCCCGGUACAGCAUUAUCAAUCAGAGGAGGCGAAGAGAAAUUCAUUGGUUCUGAUAUUUCAAACUCAAAUCUCAAUCUCCUCGUUCCGGAAUAAUCUAAUUAAUUUUCCACUUGUAAAUAAUCACCACUAAAUGGAAAAUUGACCAUCAAUGUCAGAAUUGUGCCUAGAAAAUAUUUUUUUCUCUCAAAAGAGAAAAUGUACUAUAAAUAAAAUAUAUAAUAAAUUACCGCAAAUAUUUUAAACAA